CAGCUCGCUCUGCGUUACCUUUCAAAUUGUCCAUAUCCCUAGAUACCGAUAACCAGAUGAGCAAAGGCUGGCCGAAGCUCUACACUUUUACCGGACUAUAAUCUGCCAAAAUGCCGGGCACAGUUGCAGAUGGGCCAACAGUGGCCAUGUCCUUUGCCAACAACUUCUGGGGCAAGGAAGACGCGGGUGUUGGGCCAAUGUUGGAUAGAAUGCACACGUCGAAAGUAUCGUGUGAUGAGUUAAAGACAUUCUACAACAUACGGGCUGCUAUUGAGGAUGAGUACGCGCGAAAGCUUCUGGCACUAUGUCGCAAGCCACUAGGAUCAACAGAGAUAGGCUCCCUCCGGUCGUCCUUCGAUACCGUCCGCGGUGAGACUGAAGCUAUUGCCAAGGCCCACGCAGCAAUUGCGGGCCAGAUGAAGAGGGAGCUAGAGGAGCCAUUGAUUGCUUUCGCUGGUGGUUCCAAGGAGCGAAGAAAGAUCAUACAGAACGGUAUUGAGCGUCUUCUGAAGACUAAAAUCCAACAGACUCAGACUGUCAAUAAGACCAGAGAUCGGUAUGAACAAGAUUGCCUGCGGAUCAAGGGUUAUUUGGCUCAAGGGCACAUGGUCAUGGGCCACGAAGAGCGUAAGAACAAAGCGAAAUUGGAGAAGACGCAAAUACAGCUGGCAUCGAGCAGUAGCGAGUAUGAAGCAGCUAUUAAGAUUCUCGAAGAAACUACUACACGCUGGAACAAGGAGUGGAAGGCAGCUUGUGAUAAAUUCCAAGAUCUCGAGGAAGAGAGACUUGACUUCACAAAGAGCAGUCUAUGGACGUAUGCGAAUAUUGCAUCAACCGUCUGCGUCAGUGACGAUGCGUCCUGCGAGAAAAUCCGACUUUCCCUGGAAGACUGCGAAGUUGAAAAGGACAUAAUCUACUUCAUCAAAGAGAAAGGAACUGGUCAGGACAUUCCUGACCCUCCCAAGUUUAUCAACUUCUGCCGGGGCGACAUCAACGAUACCAGCUCGGAAGUAUCUGAAGAAGAAGGGUACUCGGUAGCCCAGUUUCAACGGACGAUAAACCCAGCAUAUCGCACUUCAUCACCGCAGCCUUCUUCGUAUGAGCCCCAAAUUGAUCCCGAUGCUGAAAUUGCAGCCAAGAUAAACGGCCCGUCCACUCCUUCGAGCAGGGAAGCUACAGUCACUCCGCAAAAACCACCACAGCAACCAAUGCAGCAGCCCGUACAGAAACAUGUGCAGCAACCUAUGCAGCAACAGCCGCAACAGCCAAUCCAGCAGCCGGUGCAUCCGCCAGUGCAGCAGCCUAUGCAGCCGCCAAUGCAGCCACCCGUGCAGCAACCUAGUAUGCCACAGCCAAUGCCGCAACAAAUGCAACAACCGAUGCAGCAGCCCGCUCCCUUGGAUCUACGGCGUGGCGGUCAGCUUCCACCAAACUAUGACCCCAACCAGCAUGGCGAAAUUGCAAAGGUGCCACACAACGCUUAUCCAACCGAUGGUAUGACCAUGUUUUGCAGAACAGGUCCGCCUUCAGAGCGCAGCUCGGGAUCCAAUAGCGCCUACCGACCGUCCAGUCGGGAUUCUCAGAGCGAAGUGUCAAACCCUACAUCGAUGUCGAGUCAGGAGCCACCAAGUGCCAGACAAUCUCCCACGAAACCUACGAAUGGUGUAGCCCUUCCAGGUCUAGGGGCAGACAAACAGGUACAAAAGAAGAGGAGUGCGUUCUUCAGCAACAGUCCCUUCCGACGCAAGAGUCGCCAUGAUAAAGACCGCCAGUCUGGCCCAUCUCAACCACCUUCUCGCGGCACUUGGGAAUCACCGUCAAAGUCCACCAGUCCCGUUAAAGCUCCUCAACCCCAACAGCCAAUUUCGGUUCCCGACCCCGACCGAGUUUCUGGAAGCCCCGAGCCCGUGGAUCCAAGGGCAAAUUUCCAGCUUAAUGUUGGAAACAAUGUUUUCGACGUGGACUCCCCUGACAAGGAUAAGAAGGGAUCCCCAUCGAAAACAGCCAAGGCUGGCGAAGAGGAGCUCGAUCCGAUUGCCCGGGCUCUUGCGGAUCUGAAAGUAGCAGGGAAGCAAUCAACCACUCGUGUAUCUGCUGACAGAUACCACGGAAUUGCAACUCCAGUGCCACCAGUAGCUGCUAACCCGGGCGCUGUGAGCACACCUCCCCCCGCUUACAACGAUUCAUCCCUGAAACGUCUCGACGCUCCGCAACCCGCAUUCACGUCAGCGCAGAUGCAGAAAACAACUCAGAGAUACACUGGCCAGGCCCAGAGUAUGCUUCGCGGCUCGAGCAAGCCCCCUUCAUUGACAAGCCGACACGGUGGACAGUCCCAAGAGGCCACACGGGCUCGUUCACCCGGUCCAGGACGAAGUGCGAGCCCUCAUGUCAGCCCUCGAGUUGACACUCGCAUGGGGCAAUACAGUAGAGCGGCUAGCCCUAGUCCGACUUACCAUUCGAGCAGCAGCAUGAGAAGCCGGUAUAACCAAUCGCCAACCGUCCCAUCCCCAUCCCAGCGUCCCGUGGAUGCAUCUCCAACUGCAGAGUAUGCCCGAAGAGGAUCUUCGCGUGCCGUGUCUCCUCAGCCACAAUACCGGCAGUCUCCCACCAUGGCACCGCGCGGCGUGUCCCCGCAGCCUCAAUACAGACAGCCUCAGAACACGAUGCCCCGUGCCGUCUCGCCACAGCCGCAAUUCAGACAACAAACCCGGCCAUCCAGCGCCGGCGGCAUGGAGCUUCAGCUUUCCGGACAACCCGACAUGUAUGCUGGCAGUCGUGACGGGUACGGCUCUCGACGCGGCAGUGGUAGACCCAUGUCAUACUACGAUGAGGCUGCGAGCGUGAGGAGUCGGUCCAGGAGCAGAACAGUCGCUGUUGCCGAUCCCAGCAGACAAUUCAGCCGCGACGGUCGACCCAUCCUUCACUUCGCACGAGCCAUGUACAGCUACACCGCCGCCAUUCCCGAAGAGUUAGGCUUCAGCAAAGGCGACGUCUUAUCAGUAAUCCGCCUCCAAGACGACGGCUGGUGGGAAGCCGAAAUCACCACCGCACGCAGCCGAACCGGAUUAGUCCCGAGCAACUACCUCCAAAUCAUCUAAAGACGAAAAAUACUAUUUAAAAAAAAACACACGACAAAACACGAUCAAUGCCUAUCUCAUGAACCAACAACCAACAACCAAAUCAUUCAUUCCAUCACCCCAUCUAUGACCCAACCAUGUCCUACUUAAUCACGUGUUCAUGAUCAUGAUACCAAAUUGUGCUCAUUUGUCUCUUUCUUUGCCACAUCUUCUAAUCUUU